CACGCGUCGACCUCUCUUGUCGGUUUAAACGUCGUCGAGUAGUCGACUAGUACAUACUUGUUGGUUGACUCGCGUGCUGCGCGCGCGGGGAAUACCUAUCCCAUAUUUACUACCAUGUGUGUGUGUGCGAUCGUCGUUGCCGCGGUAGUCGUUUUCACUCGUACGAUCCAGUGGACGGAUCAUCGUUUUCGCGCACUGACGACGACGUAGCUUACAAUAAAUACUACCAACUAUUAAUUUAUGAUAAAUAUAUGAAAGAGAUAGAUUGAUAUUGAUAUUGAGAUACACGGGAAAUUGGACGAGCGAGAAAGAGAAAGACAAGGCCAAGCUAGCCGGUGAGAUACGAGAGUGUGCCGCAGUGCGACGUGUGUUGGUUUAAGUUGUUAAAAGUUUUUUAAAAUUUGAAUUAUAUAUUUUAUUUGAAUUAAAGUUACCAAAGCAAACGAUAAAAUAUGAUUACUAAAGUGGACACGAGGAAUUAUGUCAAUCGCUGUUAGUCGAAAACGAAUGAGUGAUUGUUGUAAAUCAGUGUUAUGCGGUGCCAAACCGCCGACAGCCACGACGACGAGGAGGAUAACGCGGAGAACAAGAACGCGUACAAGAACGAGAAGGAGAACAAGGAGAAACUAUCUAUUAGUGCAUCAGUUAGGAUUGGUGGUAGUGGAGAAGCAACAGCUGGCCGUAGCGCAGGAGCAGUACAAGUAGUUGGUCAUUACAUUCAGAGUCAUUUUCAUUUAUCGUUCAAUUUUCCUGUUAAAGAGACCGCUGUUGUAGAAAGAGGAAGAGGAAGUGGAAGUGGAAGAGAAAGAGAGAGAGAGAGAAGAGAAAAACUCGAAGUGUAUGAAAAUAAGAAAUUUAGUAGUUUGUUGGUUCCAGUGAGUAUCGUCACGCGCUAUUUCGAGAAUACGACCGUGGCCCACCGACGGUACAACGAUCUUCCUCAUCGCCGGUAGUCCGACAACGUGCUCAACGUGGUCUGUCGGCAUUAACGUGUGUUCCUGAGUCAACUUAAUCAUUAUUAUUAUUAUUAUUAUUUUAAUUGUUAUUAAUAUUAUUAUCGCAAUAUCAUCUCUUCCUCGUGCACCCACGUGUGGAAAAAUAAUCAGCAACGUGUUAUACACACCGUACCAGGUGUGUAGAUUUAUUAUCUUCUUGUCGCAAAGGUGUAAAGUACUGGCCCCCAAAUGCACAAACGUAUUCUCGUGUUUCAUGUUCAUGUUCUGGAGCAAACGGACGAUACUGACUAAACGUCUGUUAAAGGCUCAGGUUUGUCGAGAGUAUGAAACCGAAUGUGAAACUCAAGAGAAUACGUCGCAACGCAUUGCUCGCGUGAGUAAUUUAUUAGCGGAGGCAUCAGCUUGCUCUGACGCGGUACUCGGUGGACCCGCCAAAACGGUUAAAUCGUUGCCGGGGCACAGAGGAAGUGUGCCAGUGAGUCAACCUCAAGCUAAACGACAGACAUCGUCAUCGGGUGGAGGAGGAACUGGAGCUAAAAUACACCAGGUCUGCUGUGGAGGUGCCGAUUCCCAGGACGAAAGUGGCGAAGACGAAGAGGACGACGACGAGCUAGAAGAUAACGAGGACAGUUUAAGUGAAAAGAUUGAGAGAGAAGCCCGCGAGCGAUUGAAUCGCUGCAAAGAGCUCCUUAAAAAUCUCAAGGAAAACCAGCUGGAGAUGCUGCUCACGGCCAUAGAGAGUUGCGGUGCCGAUCUCGGCUCGUGUGUUGUCGUUCCCCGCAGGCUCAUUCCCAACUCUUCUUCUCAGUCGGACAUAAAUAGUGAUCAGCAGCAGCAGCAACCGGAUCCAUACCGACGUCGUCAUUCCAAACGAAAAUCUCGGCACUAUCAUCACCCCCUGAGACUUCGUCCCUCUCACCAUCAGUUCACCCGAGUGCGUUCGCGAUGUCGUCGCUACGAGUUGCACCAGGGCUUCAACAAGGACACCGAAGUCCUGGACGAAUCGUCAAGCCUCGCUGGUACCGGUUGCCCCGCGGCGACCGACGACGAACGUUUGGCUGUCCACUCUACACCAGAUUCACGUGCCGAUUUCCUGCUAACAUCAUCAGCGCACCUUCUCUCCUGCCAAAUUUGGCGGUGGCCUGAUAUCUCUCUCACGACUCAGCUAAAAAAAUUACCACUGUGUCAUUCCACUAAAGAUCCGUCGUACGUCUGCUGCAAUCCCUAUCACUGGAGCCGGCUUUGCAAACCUGAGUCGCCACCACCCCCGUAUUGUCUUAUCCCGGCGAAUAGAGGUGCAACAAAAUGCGAAGCUUCAACUUGUGCCAUUAAAACAAACAAGGAGGACACACGACACUGUGGGAAUAAUACAAUAGUGCCUUCAAGACUUCCGGAGUCGCUUACCACCGACGGAGAAGAACGUGGUGACCGGCAUCAACGAAAAGAGUGGUGUACUCUCGCUUACUGGGAACGCGGUGGUCGUGUUGGUAGACUUUAUCCCGUGGAGUCAUCGACAAUAAGUGUCUUUGACUCUUUACACGACGGCGAUGGACUUUGCUUAGCCAGUCUCGCUGAGAACCACGACUCCGUGGAUGAUGCGAAAACGACACGCAGUAAAAUUGGUCUAGGUCUGGUAUUGAGUCAAGAGGAUGACGGCGUAUGGGCAUACAACAGAUCUAGCCAUCCAAUAUUUGUAAAUUCACCGACACUCGAUGAUCCAGAGUCACGUACGCUGCUGGUCUAUCGUGUGCCACCAGGAUCAUGUCUGAAUAUAUUUGAUCGUUCUAAAAAUUUACCAUCACGUUGUUCGUACAGCAAUGGAGCCAACGAAGGAGCCAAUUCGGGAGGUCCCGUAGACAUUUAUUCCGUGAGAAUAAGUUUCGUAAAAGGCUGGGGUCCCAGAUACAAACGUCAAGAAGUAACGUCCUGUCCAUGCUGGCUUGAAGUUUUAUUAGCACCGUGCAGGUGAUCCUGUCAUUUAUACGUCGUCGGCGCGCGACGUCGUUACCGAUCGUGCCUUCCUCAUCGUUCGAGGGAAUGACAAAGAGAGGGCCGUCAUUAAAUUUUUCGUUUGAUAAUAAAUAAUAAAUAAAUUAAUAAAUUGAAUAAAUGAAUAAUAACAAUUACAAUAACAAACCCGACGACCCAUUUCUUUGGAGCCAUUACACAGAGCCAAUUGUUUCUUUAUUGCCUUCGCAUUUCAGUAAUUCGCGGUAACACAAAUAUAAAUAUAUACAUAUAUAAAUAUAUUCUAUUAAUUAAUUUGUAUAAAAAAAAAUAAUGAUAAUAUUAAUGGUCAAUCGUAUUUGAUAUACGAAGAAGACUAUCUCUGUUGUUAGACUGAGCCUAGUCGAUUAAUCGAAUGGCUUGUACCCCAUUGUAGUCCAUUUCCGUAUCGCGAAUGGAGUCGUAAUCACGUUAUUGUACACAUUGCUGAAUAAGAGAUUAUUCAAAAGUAAACAAACAAAAUCAUGAGUUUACAAAUAUAAAUAUUAAUUAAUAAUUAUAAUAUAAAGUAAAUAGAACGUGCCCGGAAAAAAAAAAAA